UGUGCAUAUGGUUUGUGGGCGUUUCCUGUUGUGGAACGUAUAAAAGGAGAGCCACGGCUCAUUUCAAUAGAGAUUUGUGUUCAGGUCUGUUCAAAUGGAACUUCUAGACUGCAUGAGGGAAAUUGUUGCUUUUUUCUUUUUAAUCCAGUGGACAGCUUCAGACAACAGUUCUCUCAGUAUAGUUGCCACUUGUAAAAAAGAUGAGCAUACAGUACCCACAGAAUGGUAUAAAAUCCAUGAAUCGAACCCUUCACCCUUAAACGAGCUGUCUGCAGAGCUGAUUGAAUCUCAAACCUCUAUUAUUAUCAGAUGGUCCAUUAAUAUUGAUAGCAGCUUUCGCAGUCUUAUUGGCACAUGGAUAACGGUUUCCGAAGAAUCUAACUCAUAUUACAGAUGCGAGUACCAGCCUCCAUUUACCUCAGAGCGAAUCAACCUCACUGGUCAAGAACAGUUAUGGUUCCAUUUCAUUGUGCCAAAUGUAGCUGUUUGUCCUUCAACCAGUUAUUACAUAUCUGCCUAUAAUAUUCCAACACCAUCCGACGGAGCAAAUACAGAAUAUGUAAAGAUGGCCCAAACAGCUGAAAUUCAGUGGAAUGCUGACAUUUAUUCAGUGCUUCAUGGAGACAAAAUAGUGGUGACCUUCAAUACGAGCUUCGUGGCGGAAAGACAUACCAUCAUAUUGAAAAACAGCACACAUCGACUGCUAAAAACAGAUGGAGGGAAAGGGGAAUGCAAAGUAGAAAAAUGUGAAGUGGAACUAGAAUACAUGGAAUACAUGGGUCCCUGUGAAGACCUUGAGAUAUUGAUACUGCCUCACUUCACAGACUGUCAUGAAGAAAGUGAAUGGAAGGUUCAAAAAGUGAGCUGUACUAACAGAUCUGUUUUGGACAUUGUUGGAUGUGUGCUGGCACUUCUCUUCGUGCUUCUCUGCUGCUUCAUCAUCUGUCAAACCUUCCGCUGGGUUCGUGGCUCGAGGCGCGCUGCGUCUGUGCGUGUGCUGCUCGUGUACCCUGCAGUAGACAGUGUGUUUCAGCGCUCUGUGAUGCUCCUGGCUGAAAGUCUGCAGAGUCGUGGUGGAGUACGUGUCGUCAUCGAUGUGUGGGAGAGAAGAAGUGUAGCAGAACAAGGGCCGCUCCGCUGGCUCAACACACAGGCUGACCUCUCAGACAGAGUCCUCCUCAUCUCACCACCUAAACGCACAUACACGGAUGACCUCAAAUCCAAACUAGUUCCUGGCGUGCCAGAUGACACAGUUUCAGCUUCUGCCAGCAAUCUCUUUGCUCUUGCGCUCAACCUCGUUACCAGUGCUGCCCAUGACCCACACAGCCGGGACAAGUUCUGGGUCAUCAGCCUGGAGCAUGAUGAGAAGAGUGUGCAGACUGAGCUCAGAGGCUGCAGGAUGUUCGUUCUGCCGAGAGACUUGAAGAAGCUCCAUCUGCAGCUGUUGAGUGGAGCGAUCCAGAGCCCAGUGCUGCCGAGGUGCUUCUACUGCAAAAACACCCUGGAGCAGCUGGAAGUGAAUACAGACUUCCCAUCUUGUGUAAAGCGUGUCAGCCUGGCAGAAUCAGAUGAAUAGGCCAAAAAUCAUUUUCUGUUGUCUCUGUGUCUUUGUGUUUACUUUUCAAACAUGGUGUUGGGAGGGGGGGGGGGGGUGUACUCUGAGCUGGUUUAUCUGGUUUGCAGUGUCCUGUUUGCAGCGUGGACUAUGACCACUUCAACGCAUGUGAUCUCCUGCAAAUGCUGUGAUAGAAUAAAGCCCCUUUAACACUGCCAUUCCUGCAAAUACAGGGGUAAAGUGUUCCUGUAAUUGUUCCCUGGUCACUAGAUUUGGCACUUUCACACUGCCAGUGAUGACCCGGUAUAUGUGCGUGCUUUCACACACAACCCUUGAAGAUCCCGUAACGACACGUGACAUCAGCGCGUGACGUGUAAUGUACGAGUCGACAACGCUAGGCACGUUAUACUUUCACUGAAGCAAGCAAACGAUCUCGGCGUCAGCGCGGAAAGUGAGGAACUAACUGAUCUCUGCUUCAUUACAGUUUGCACAUAUGUUUUCGUCGUGAAUGUUGAUCUUCCUUCAAAACAGCCGGUAAAAGAGUCGCGCGAUAACGCAUGCCAUCACUUCGACACGGAAUUAGAUCUGGCUUUUGUUCACACAGCGCUCGUUCCGGAUCGAUUACCGCAAUGUUACUAGGUCCCCGACCCAGGUUCAAUUCGGUAAUCAAUUCCGGGACGUGGUUGCUUUCACAAAGAAGGCGACCAGGCAAUAUUGCGGGUCCGAUGUGCAGUGUGAAAGGGGCUUAACUGAUCCAUCUCUUUAUGGUCUAAUAAAGAAAAGUUUUUCAUUUUUCUUCAGCUGUGCCUAUGGAAGCGUUCUUAUGCUGGAAUAGAGAAUACUAAUGAUGGUCUACAAACUCAUGUAAAACAUCACAUACUGCUCACAGCCGCCUCCCACUGUAGGCUAAAGUUCAGGCUGAUAACUUUAACACUUCUGCCUUGAGCAAACACAGUGUGUCACAAAUGAACAGCUGAAAUUGUUUCUUUGUCUCGUUGGGUUCUGACUUGCAUUUCUUCUGACUUACUCAGGGUCAGUGUUCGAGAAAUUUACUUUUGCAUUACACUGUGUUACUCCGUAAAAAAAGUAACUAAUUGUUUUACUAAUUAAUGCGUUAUAUCACUUAUGUGUUAUGUUUUGUAAUCUGGAUGGGCUUGCUUGUUAGUUUUUAAUAUUAAAAAGUUAUAUUUUUGGCAAA